AAGAGCCCAGCGUGACAAUAGCAGGGCAUCCUCAGAUCGCCUUGGGAAGAGAGAAAGGAUGACAGCGAUGGAUCACCAAUUCCCUUCUUGGAUCUUUGUCAAUGAGAGGACAUUCAUAACCAGGGAACAACUCAAUUCUUUACUGGAGGCUUAUAAUGUUUUCUAUGAAAACCAGAAAAAUCUGCAUAUAUUGUAUGGACAGACCGAGGAUGGACAGCUGAUUGUUGAAGGGAUGCUGGACAUUUUCUGGGGAGUCAAACGACCCAUACAGCUGAAAAUACAGGAUGAGAAGCAAAUCUCUUCCUUUGAUCUGUUGAUGCCACCAGAAACCUUUUCCAGCAAAGGGAGGAUGACUCGCUGGGGAGAAUUUGAUGACCUUUAUCGUAUCAGUGAGCUGGACAGGACUCAAGUUCUAGCAUCUGAAGCCAGGCAUUCCCCAGAAGACUAUUUAUCUUACCACAGCACUCUGAAGCCUUACGCAGACGAAGAGCCAGAAUCCCCGUUGCUCUACAGGACCAUGAGUGAGGCAGCUUUGGUGAGAAAAAGGAUGAGGGCCCCAGAGAUGUACAGAAAAGACAGGAUGGGGAUGCUGAAGAGCCAGAGAGCCUCUAUCAACGGGCACGUCUAUGACCAUGAGACAUCCAUCUUCACCCCAACCUUCGGAUCAGAGACUAAGGUCAGAGCCAACAGCAUCAUGACAACUGAAGAAGUAAUAAAGCAAAUUCUCCAAAAAUUUAAGAUUGAGAAUAGCCCUCGGGAUUUCGCUCUUUACAUUAUUUUCGGGACAGGAGAGCAGAGAAAGCUAAGUAAGACCGAUGUGCCACUGCUGCAGAGGCUCCUACAAGGACCAUCCAAAAGCAACGCUCGGAUCUUCCUCAUGGAUAAAGAUGCAGAAGAAAUCAGCAGUGAUGUGGCCCCGUACAUUAAUUUUCACUUUUCUUUCUUGAAAUCCAUCCUUCAAAAAUUAGAUGAAGAAGAGAAAAUGGAGACCGAGAGAAUUAUGGCGAAAUUCAGUACCGAAAGGGCCUUUAUACUGAAGUGUCUUCAGAGUAAACAGACAGCGAAAACGGAGACCACGGUCUAGAAGCGCAGCAACUCCUGCUAGCAAGCCCUCCUCAGCGAGUUAGAGGGGGCACUGCUGAGUCAGCGCUCUGCAUCCUAAAUAAGCAGGGCCUUGAAGCUUUGGGAAACUGGAUGCCAAGCAGCCUGCUUCCUCUUUGAAAUGGCUGCGGUCCAGAGUUGUACUAAGGCAAGAUGGGACUUCGCUUCAGUAACUGAAAGACGCCUGCACACUGCGUAUUCCAA